AUGGCCCCCGUGGACCUCCGAGCCCAUGCCUACGCCGGCAACCCGCUGAAGCACCACAGCGGUGAUCCCUGCGCCCCAAAAUCCGCCCUCGAGUCUCUCGUGGCCAUCCUCCUUGGGGACGCCGGCGACGGGCGGCCGUCUCCGGAGCACAAGGUCUUGCCCCUCCGGAAGGGCAGGCCGCUGGCCUGCUCCUCCGAAGCGGCGGCGGCGCCGCCUGGUUCCUCUUCCUCAGCGUGGAAACUGGGGUGGCUCGCCCCGUCUCGAUUCAAGGAAUUCCCAGCGGAGUCGUUCGUGUAUCUCGGGACGGCCCCCCCGGAGGACGGCGGCGCCCAUUACUGGGCGUUUGAUGCCUCAGAGGCCUUGGGUCUCACAUCGGGGACUGGUGAUGAUGGAUCAAAUUAUGUUGAACUGAGGACGCUGAUGGUCGCCACAGAUUGGAAUGACGAGCGUACCAUGGGAGAAAUGGCGAUAGCUGGUCAUGUGAGCCCUAUUCUCAUCCCCCUCUCCUCUCUAACUCAGAUUCAGUAUUCUCUGCAAAUCUACACUGUGUCAAAUACGUUUCCAUAUAUUUACUGAUCUGGAUAUAAAUUUCUUCUGUAAUCUGACGAAGAUUCAGCAGUUUUUAGGCAAACAUUGUCUCUUUUUGGUUGGACGGGACCUUAUACUUGGUGAGAUAUCAACAUUUCUGCAAUUUCCAUGGGAUACUCCAUUAAAUUUUUCGACCUGGGUUUGCAUCAUCUGCCACUUUCUCAUAUAGAAUGAAAAUGCUUGCCUCAUUGCCGCAUUCUAUCCCACUCGGUCCUCAAGUGUUCACUUUCUCUUAGGGUUUCAACACCCUGUUAGUUUCUUGUUAGAUUCAUCAUGGGAACCUGUCAAUUCACUUCAAACACUCACUCCGCUCCUCAAAGUGAGGAAUUUUUUUCUACCUCUUUUUGUUGGUUUGAAAAAACUUAUAUUUAAUGUUCUGCUGCAUCAAAUGAACCCAGAUAUAUUGAAACUUAUUUGUUUUUUUUUUGUGCAUAUAUUUUCCUCAAUAUAUCUAUUCAUUUGUGUGUUAUAAUCACAUAUUAGGCAAAGGCGCUGCUAGAAUGGCACAAUACAUCCCGGUUCUGCGGGCAUUGUGGAGCAGCAACUGUGCCGAUUGAUGCUGGACGAAGGAAGCAAUGCACAAAUGACUCGUGCAAGAAGAGAACAUAUCCUCGUGUUGAUCCUGUACGGUGCAGUCCUUUUCAUUAUGCUCUGCCUGCUUGUUGAUCAUAUGCCACUUUGGGCAUUGCACCUUGUGGGAAUAUCUAUGACUGAGAAAGGAAAGAAGAAAUUGCGAGGUUUCAUUUACUGCAUCUAUCAAAGGAUUCUCCUUCUGGUGACUUCCGCAGGUUGUCAUCAUGCUGGUCAUCGACAAGGCCAACGAUCGUGUGCUUCUCAGCCGCCAAUCAAGAUACGUUCCUCGAAUGUGGAGCUGCCUGGCUGGUUUCACAGAGGUGUACACCUUUUUGAGUCCGUUUUUAUGAUCUUUGGUGUGAUUUGGAGGGGGCCAUGCAUUCCCACUAACAGUUAUGUACAUAUAGUUAGGCAGCUCUAUGCAUAUGCGCAUAUAUUGAAAUGGACUAGAAUUCCAACCUGGUAUUAACCCUGUUUAUAGGUUUUGUUUGUGCAGGAUUAGGGUCGCUGAUAUCAUUGGAUAUUUGGAAAAUGGCUUAUAAAUUAUUAUUUUUAGCUCUAUCUUAUUAUAGCGAAUGAUUACUACCUUCUUUGGCAGCCAGGAGAGAGCUUGGAGGAAGCAGUGAGAAGAGAAACAUGGGAGGAAACUGGCAUUGAAAUAGGAGAAGUUGAAUAUCACAGUUCUCAACCGUGGCCUGGUAUUUCUUUUAUAAAUAAUUCUACUUUCCAUCUACAUUCCCAACAUUCAUCUUAACAGGCACGGAAGAUAGCCUUGCAAUGUUUUGCUAAGUUAUUUUGGUUGCUUUGAUAGCUCAUUAUACAUAAAAAUAUUGAUUCAGGUGAAAUUAUAUGCUUCUCAGUGUUUGGUAAUGGGUAAUUAUAAAUUUUGAAAUUAUAUCAACUCUAACACAGAGGUUUUGACCAAAAAAAUGUGGAUAACUAAAAAAUGUAAAAUUAUAUUACUUUUCUCUGGGGUUGAUUCUCAUUCUCAUUGUGGUUUUUUUUUUUUUUUAGUGAUCAUGAGAAGUUCCAAACCCUGACCUGAGGAUACUCCAAAUCCCUGUUUUUCUUCCCCUAAUUGAUAUUCUUCCAUUUAAUAUUUUAAUUUUAAUUUUUUUAGUUGGACCAAGUAGCAUGCCAUGUCAAUUGAUGGUGGGGUUCUUCGCACACGCCAAAACACUUGACAUUCGCGUGGACAAGAAUGAACUGGAAGGUAUUUGUGGUGCCAAGUUCUUUCAAUUGCUUCUCCGUUGAACACAUUCAUUGAAUGAGUGAGCUUCUACAGGUUUUAUUUCUUCUGCCGUCAUCAUACCCCAUUAGUUUUUGGAAUUGCCAAGAGACCUUGUUCCUCUACCCCAAGAUUAUUUGAUAAAUAUUUCUCCAACUUUCUUGGCCAAUAUGGCUGCUGAGUAAUCUGUAAUCUUAUAACUUCCAGAUGCGCGGUGGCACUCCAGGGAGGAUGUGAGGAGAGCACUGGCCUUUACUGAGUAUGAGACUUCACGAAGAGUGGCUGCCGAGAAAGUCAACCAGAUGUGUAGUGGUGGGAAUGAGAAAAGUCAGAGCUCGGAGGUGGUUUCCCAGAUCGGGAGUGGAGAACUUGCUCCGAUGUUCGUCCCCGGGCCCUAUGCCAUCGCCCACCAUCUGAUCUCUUCUUGGGUCAGCCAAGGUGCAUCCGACAGCCUUGAUUCGCUGUCAAGAAACUCAACCUCAUUGUCCAGCUUGUAG